AUGUUGAACUACAAAAUUGAAAUUGCCGAUUACGUGAUAUUUUUGAUUGCACUUUCAAAGAUAAAAACUUUUGCAGCGACAAUGUUUAUAAAAAUUUGGGCGAUGUAUACUAGAUGUGUGGUAAUCUGUUUAAUCAUUGUCACCUCUUAUGUUUGCUCGCUUAAUUUGGUUGUUAAUGGAAACGACAGCCUUGUCCAAGGCUUUAUUCACGAUGUAGGAAAUGGAAUAAACGUCAGAAUUUUCUUAGGCAUUCCGUUUGCGAAACCUCCAGUUGACAAUCUACGAUUUGAGGUACGAUGUACAGAUAGACUACAGUUCUGUAAAAAAAAACCAGUGGAACCGGACAAAUGGAUAGCGCCAGUUGGAGCUACAAAGUACCGAUCUGCUUGUUACCCACAUGAUCGCCUCAAAAUUCACACCAAUCCAGCUUUGUUCAGCGAAGACUGUCUUCACCUGAAAUUUAUAACUUCCGCACAUAAGGGUUGCGGUAAUAUCUGGUCGGCGAAUACGGAUAAUUGA